CUCUUUGUCGAACGUUUUACAACACUGCCGCCACUCGCACAUGUUGAAAACAUAAACAAAAACCCAAAACUUAAUAAAAUGACCAGGAAAAGGGCCCCCAAAAAGAAAACAGAGGUUGUUUUCGACAACAAAAAACGCAUAGAGUUCCUCAGCGGCUUUCGGAAGCGAAAAAACGAACGACGAUCGCGGGCUAAGGCCGAACUGGAAAGGAACCUCAAAAAUGAGCGAAAGCGCAUCCGGCAGGAGGUUAAAGAUGGGUUCAACCACCUGAAGAAGACCUUUGAGCCACUGCGGGAGCUCACCGAGGAAGACAAGGCGGAGGAGGAGCAGCAGGAGGAGACUUACGAAGACGACGAGGUGCAGGUGAAGAUCGUUGAGUUGACCACCAAUGAUCUGGCUGCCAAGCGGAAUAUGUUGGGAGCCAAUACGGCAGAAGAAAGCGAGCCGGAGGAGCGGGAGGUCCAAAGCGAAGAGGACGAGGCCGACGAGCCCAACAGAAUACCCGGCAUGGACUAUGAUCCCAAUGCCCGCAAGCGCAAAUCCAAGCCAGAGGAGGAGGAGGAGCAUCCAAAGGCAAAAAAAGCUAACAACACAUCCCAGCCAGACAUCAAGAGCAAAAAGGACCUCGACCGCCUGAUGAAAACCAAAACCCUGAAGAAAAUGCACCAGAGCAAGCUGUUUAAGCAGAAGGAGCGCAUGGACAAGAAGAACAAUAUGAAGAAGGCCAAGCGGGAUCGGAACAACACCAUCAAGAGCGUUCCCAAGCACCAGCGCAAACAGCUCAAGUUUGGAAAGGGUCAACAGACGAAGUACCGAAAGGGCCGCAUGGUCAACAAGAAGGAGCUGAGGCGCAAGCGCAACGCCGACUAAAUUUUUCU